GUCAGUUCAUUAUCAGCUGUGGUGCUGCGUCCGCGCACGUUCAGUUUGACCUUGAAUCAGGCUUAUUUUUAUAUCUGUAACUGUGAUUUCCGAAAACUUAUUUAAAAUUGUUAACUAUGAAUAUUUUGCUCCAAUGCUUUUAUUGAAAUUUGAACCUAUACGUUAGUGAUUUCAUAAAUUGGGUUAAAGGUCAAUUACUUAAAUAAUUUAGUUGUUAGUGUUGUGUAGAGUUGUGAAAUUACAGUUAAUCAACGGAUUUCGGGUGUGAAAUGUGGUGAAAAGUGAAAAUGAUUGCGUUUAUGAAAGGUGUAAAGACAGCGCGUAAUUUUAAAUAUGGAAGAGUAAAGUACCAUUCGGGAGUGGGGGUGUUCGGUCAUCGACCCCGGGAGGUGAAUGAAAGUGAUUUACCAGAAGAAGUUACAUCAAGGAGAUACGAAAACUGCCGCGCACAGCAACUGGUUAACGCUUAUCGCACAUACGGGCACCUUCGGGCGACUAUUGAUAAUGUUGAUUACAAACAACCGAACAGAAAUAUCAAAGAGCUGUCUUUAUCACGUUACGGACUAUCUUCUAACGAUCACGUAGAUUUCGGACUAUUGUAUGGUCAUAGCGGAAAGCAGCCUGUCAAUAAGUUAGUGGAGCAAUUAGAAAAGUUAUACUGCGGCCCGAUCUCUUAUGAGUUUUCAUACUUAGAAACAGAUGCUGAACGAGAAUGGUUCGCUCAACGAAUAGAAGACACACAAGAUGCGAUUUCAAAAGACCGUCAGCGCCAAAUCUUAAAAGAACUAUUGGAGACUCAGACAUGGGAUAAAUUUCUCUCCACGAAAUAUCCCAGCGUAAAGAGAUAUUGUGGUGAAGGCGCUGAGUCUUUGUUGACUUUCUUUUCCACCCUUAUCCAACGGACAUGUUCUGAGGGAAUGGAAUAUGUUACCCUGUCAAUGGCACACAGGGGCAAAAUAAAUCUGCUGACGAGCCAAUUAAAAUGCCCGCCUGUCAAAAUCUUCCACAAGUUUAAUGGAAACCCGGAGUUUCCACUGGAGGCGAAUGCUGCAUGUGAUAUUGCUACACAUUUAAGUGCUUCGGUGGACCUGGCAGUAGAAGGAAAAUCAGUGAAAUUUUCUAUGAUUAACAAUCCAUCACAUUUAGAGGCGGGAAAUCCCGUAUCAAUGGGAAAAGCACGGUCGAAACAACUGAAAUUACUUGAAGGAGAUUACUCAGUUAACAAAACGUCACGAUUUGGGGACAAAGUCCUGAAUGUACAGGUACAUGGUGACGCCGCAUUUGCUGGUCAGGGUAUCAACCAAGAGAUGCUAAUGAUGUCUCAAGUUCCGCACUUCCAUGUAGGCGGAUCUGUCCAUGUAGUCGUUAACAAUCAGAUCGGCUUCACAUUGCCAGCAGAACGUGGAAGAUCAAGCAAAUACGUCACGGACUUAGCUAAAGCCAUAUCAGUGCCCGUUAUUCACGUCAAUGGGGACCAUCCAGAGCUGGUCGCGAGGGCCACGAACAUUGCUUUUGAAUAUCAAAGAAAAUUCCGCAAAGACGUGUUCAUUGACUACAACUGUUACCGACGAUGGGGACACAACGAAGUUGACGAUCCAACUUUUACAAACCCACUUAUUUACAAGCUUAUUCAUAGUAGAAAAUCUAUACCGGAUGUGUACACAGAUAAGUUAAUAUCCGAAGGUGUAGUGUCUGAAGAAGAAGUUAAAGUAAUUAAUAGUGACUAUCAUAAGUUCUUACAGUCGCAGUACGAAAUUGCACACAGCUAUCAACCAGAAGUGACGUAUUAUCAAGAGCAGUGGUCCGGAAUGGGUGCGGCUCCAAAGGCUGUAGAAGUAUGGGACACGGGGGUCAACACUGAGUUACUGAAAACUGUAGCCAAAGCCUCUGUCAGUCUCCCUAGCGAAUUUAACAUUCAUCCUCAACUUGCGAAAACCCACGUCAAAAAUAGAUUGAGCAAGAUAACCCAAGAAAAGGACGUUGACUGGUCAACGGCGGAGGCAAUGGCUUUUGGAUCUCUUUUAAUGGAAGGUCGUCACGUGCGCCUGAGCGGUGAAGACGUAGGACGUGGAACAUUCUCUCAUAGACACGUGAUGCUUGUGGACCAGAAUACGGAGACCAUACACAUCCCACUCAACCACAUUGAUGAUCAGCAGAAGGGAUUUUUGGAGGUAGCGAAUUCUAUUUUGUCAGAGGAAGCAGUAUUGGCUUUUGAGUACGGUAUGGCGUACGACAACCCAGAAAAUCUUUAUAUAUGGGAAGCUCAAUUUGGAGACUUUUAUAACGGUGCUCAAAUCAUUGUCGACGCUUUUAUUGCUUCGGGAGAAUCAAAAUGGGUCCGAAGCAACGGUCUCGUGAUGCUCCUACCUCACGGCUACGAUGGUGCCGCAUCCGAACACUCAUCGUGUCGCAUAGAACGGUUCCUCCAGAUGACAGACAGCUCGGAGACGAGCCCCGACUCAGAGGCUGUGUGUAUGCACGUAGUUAAUCCGACUACACCUGCGCAGUAUUUCCACUUAUUGAGACGACAGGUAGUAAGGAACUACCGCAAGCCCCUCGUUGUGGUGGCUCCGAAAAUCUUACUGCGAUCCUCAGACGCGGUCAGCCCACUUUCUGACCUCGCUCCGGGAACAUUCUUCAAACCUGUGAUUGGUGAUUCCAUAGCAGAUCCAUUACGCGUGAGACGCGUCAUAUUAGUCAGUGGCAAACAUUAUUACGAACUCCACAAAGAAAGGGUGAAGAACAAGAUAGAUGACGUUGCAAUUAUCAGAGUCGAGUCACUCUGUCCCUUCCCAGUUCACGUACUGCAGACGGAACUUGAUCGAUACAGCAAUGCUAGAAAAUUUAUUUGGAGUCAAGAGGAACAUCGAAAUAUGGGAGCGUGGACGUUUAUCAAACCACGAUUUGAAAACAUGUUAGGAAGAAAGAUAAUAUACUCGGGCCGAUCUGUAGCGGCUACUCCCGCGGUAGGUACAUCAGUGCUUCAUCGAGUUGAAGUUGAACACAUUUUACGAGAACCAUUGUAUGACCUGAAGUGAUAUGCAAAACCUAAACCAUAAGUUCAUAUAACGUUUGAAAAGUGUUUUUUGAAUUUGAUAUAAUAUUUAUUUAUCACAAAAAUAUCCUUUUUAUCAAAAAAUUGUGUCAUUUGAAUUGUUAAGAAUUAAUUUACGAUACAAUUGAUAGCUCAUGUUAUAUUAUUGAUAAGAUGCAUUUAUAUUGUUUUACAUAAAUUUUCUAAAAAAACAAUGUAGUUUUUUUUUCAAAUCUACAUACAAGGCGUAACAAAUUGUAAUAUAACUUUAAGUUAUCUACGCUUCAUUUAUCAACUUGUUUAAUCAAUAAUCCACACCAACCAAACAUUGAACCCAUCAAACAUGGCUGGCAAGGGAAAAGGCAAGAAAAAAGAAAAAAAGGAAAAAGAAGAUGGUGGGGAUAAGAAAAAAGGAAAAAAAGG